GUACAUUCCGUUCUAUUUAAAGAAUAUUAAUACAAAAUUAAUACAGGUAAGUAUACAUAGAACUAAAGGAAACAGAAACUACGUGGAAAACCGAUUGACAUACUGUCUUCAAAUACAUCUUAUUGGAAAGAUUGUCGUCUGAAGUAAAAGGGACGAAAAUAGCCAGGAAAAUGGAAACAGUUGAAAUGACAUGUUUUUUAAUAGUAGGAAUGUUACUGUUGAACUUAUGUCAAGGUAUAUCAAUUGAUGUGAAGGAAGAUGAAGUUUCCGACUGCGUAAAUCCUCCAGUAAAAAUCAUCUGUGAAUUCACCUCUGACGAACUACAGGUAGCCAGCAACGAGCUUAUAAUUAUGCAUGGUGGUUUGACGAUGGCAAGUUGCAAAUCAGACAGUUUGACCUGUACAACGGCAGGCGGGCGAUACAACGUGACAAUAGAGACUGGACGUGCUGUGCUUACAAUAUCAAACAUGGAUGUGUACUAUUCUGGUACUACGUGGGGUUGCUAUGCUGGACCAAAAAUGGCUUCACUUAAGCUGAGAUACUUCCGAGCAGCAACAGAGAGUUUGUCUUCACAGUUCCUGUCUCUCCGGCAGAUCAGUAUUGUUGAUGUGGUGACACUCUUUAUAGUUAUCACUAUACUGUUAGUACUGUUAAUCAAAGUCGUGUGCGUAAGUUGCUGUCAUAGCCAGGGAGAAAAAGAAAAAGAUGUUGAGCGUUGUUCCUGUUCGUGUAUAAGUGAUCUGUUCAGCAGACGACAGAAGCAGGAGGUCAAAACUGGUUAUACUGGGCACAGAUAUGAGGUCAAAACUUCAUAUAUAAUAGAAGACCCACACCACAUUCCUGACGCAAGUUGUAAGACUGGUCUAGAUAGGAAGACAGAAGCUGAACUGGCAUGUAAAAAUGUUCCCGAAGAAACAAAAAAGGUUGCAGCAGAAAAACUCACUGAAUAUGUCGAGGCCAGAAAACCACUGAUAUCUACAAGUAAUGUUAAAGAAGGAGAGAACUGAAUUUGCUGUAUCUCGCGAUAUCUGGAUAUUUGUUAUUAAAUUAUUGGUUGUUCUUUCGUAAA